CCAUGGGGGAGAUCAGGCAGUUGGAGAUGCUGUGGCUGUGAGGAAUGAUCUUAUCCAGUCCCUGCCAUGGCCCCUGGGAUUGCCUGCUCAUCUCUCUUUACCUGCUGCCUGCUCUUCACCCUCCUCUGCUCUCCCCUCGCUAUGUCCCAGCCCCAGAAAGAAGCUGCCUUUGGGGCCGAGUCUCUGCCCACUGGCACUAGUGCUGCCUCAGUCUCGGAGUACACAUACCCAGAUUACCGGGGCAAGGGCUGUGUGGACGAGAAUGGCUUUGUGUACGAAAUUGGUGAGGAGUUCACUCCAGGUCCUGCUGCCUGUCCCUGUGUCUGUACUGAGGAUGGGCCACUGUGUAUCAAACCCGAGUGUCCCAGCCUACAUCCCCGAUGCAUCCGCGUGGACACCAGACGCUGCUGCCCUGAGUGCAAAGAAAUUAAAAACUACUGUGAAUUCCGGGAAAAGAAAUACAAACGGCUGGAGGAAUUUGCAGUUUCUCCCUGUGAGAAAUGUCGCUGUGAGUCCAAUGGUGAAGUGCACUGUGCGGUAGCAGAAUGUGCUCCAGUUGAAUGUGUGGAUCCAGUGUAUGAGCCAGACCAGUGCUGCCCCAUUUGCAAAGAUGGACCCAACUGUUUUGCAGGAAUAACUGUGAUCCCAGCCGGCCGAGAGAUGAAGAUUGAUGAAUGCACUACUUGCCAUUGUUCCUACGAGGGUGACACUUGGAAGGUUGACCUCCAGGCAACGUGCAUCAAACAUGACUGCAAAGAAAUCUAGAGAAAAGAUUGUAUAGUGAAACAAAAAAAAGCCUUUGUUAUUUUGGGUAUUAAAUAAGAC